AAUGGAAUUCAUUUAAUUAAGAAAUUGGUCAAUGUUGAAAUGGGAUUUAAAUAGAAUAGGUAGACCAUUAGAGAAGACAAUAAUAAUCGAUAAUCAUUCUUAACAAUUAGAAUAAGAGAAUAGAUUAGUUAUUUCAUCUUGGUUAGGUGAUUCAAAUGAUUAAGAAUUAUUAUAGAUAAAAGAUUUGAUAAUAAAGAUAGGAGAAUCAAACGUUAAAGAUGUAAGGAAAGCAUUAAUAAGAUAUCGAGAUUAUAUAAGAAGUAGAAAUAAGAGAUGA